CACACGCCAAGGAGAGUUCAUCAGCCAUGGAUGGCAAGACAAAUGUGAAGACCAUCAUGGCGAAGUUUAGCAACAACGCAGCUGAGGAGGUUCCCAGCCGGCCAAUCAAGGUUGCGGGGCAGCCUUCGUUGGCCACAAACUCUGCAUUUGGGAAAUUUGCUCAAAUGGAAAAUGCUGGUGUGCUUGCCAAACCCAGCAGCUUUGCCAAACCUCCGCCUCUUAGGCCCCCUUUGGAGACGAAGCCUUCUCUUCAGAGCUCACUGAACAAGGACCUGAAGCCACCCUCUUUGAAGGGCAGCCCUGUGUCCAGCAAAGUGGCUGCAUUGUCACUGGCAGUUAGCAAAGAAGCUAAAGAAAGACCUCCGUUCCCUAGGCCUUUGGGCCCCAAAUCAACGGAAGGACUAAAAGAAGAACCCAAGCCACUGUUCCCAAAGCCUCCUGAGAACAGGUUGCCUAGUUUAUUGGGCCCCAAAUCGACGGAAGGACUAAAAGAAGAACCCAAGCCACUGUUCCCAAAGCCUCCUGAGAACAGGUUGCCUAGUUUGAUACCUCCAAAAAAUGAACUGAAGCCUCAUACAGGACUUAAGCCAAGCGUUAAGGCUGAAACCCAAGAAAGUACGGAAAAGCCUGUGUUUCCAAAGGUAGCUGGAGUGAAAGAAAAAUUCCUCGUUGCCUCACAGGACAAUUCCACCAGACCUCUUACAAAGCCAGCUCCUAAACCCAAACCAGGCCUACAUCCCAACCGCCAUGAAGAGGACUCACACAUAAAUCCCUUUUUGAAUCGGGUGACUCCAGGCAGUGGAGCCCUCAAACCCAAAAUCAGCACUUUUGGAUCAAACAAAGAUAACGAGGAAAAGAGCAUUAAUGGGACUAAUUCUGCUUCCUGCCCUUUUCCACCUUCGAAACAUGCCAGUAACCAGAGCAACCUGUCUCAAGUUCUCGCAAAAUCUUUGGGGCAGCAGAAAGAAGAAGCCAAGCCAAGUGUGGCCAAUAAUAUUUUCAGAGCGAAUCAAGAGAAUUCUGGGUCAGCUUCUGGUCCAUCCCCUCUUAAAUUCACCGGUCCAUCCAGAGUGGUUACGACAGGACCUUGGGCAAAUAAUUCUGAAAAAGAAGAGAAAGACAAGACUUUGCCAAAACGAAAGGCAGUGCCUCCACCAUUCAAAUUAGGCCCAGCACCGCAAAAACCCAACAGACCUCCAGUGGUUAACCUGGAAAGAUUCCGAAAAAAUAAUGGAGAAAGCUCUGACAAAAGUGUCCCCCCUCCACUUCCACCAGCUCUUACCCCACAGCCGCCACUGCCUCCGCCACUGCCUCCUCCGGGUUCCCAUCCGUCAAAUCAAGCGCCAAGUCUUCCCCGAAGAACCAAGCUCAGAGUCCAAGAAAAUGAAGAAAACUAUGACGAUGUUGAUUUUGCUCCAGAAGGAACUGGAAAUCUAGAUGAGAGUCAAAACAGCGAAGGGGAGAUGUAUGAAGACAUAAAUGACAUGAGACCUACACCUCGAGACGAUGAAAGGAAAAAGAAGGAGGAAAAGAAAAGGUCUGAUCAAGAGAAGAAAGAACAAAAGGAAAAAGAGAAAAAAGAGCAGGACAUCAGGAAGAAGUUCAAACUAGUGGGUCCCAUUGAAGUCAUUCACCAGGCACGAGCUCGCCAAGACUUCAAAGGAGGGAAGAGUGAUCUGACAAUCAAACAAGGGGAUCCAGUUGAAAUAAUCCGCAUCACAGACAAUCCGGAGGGGAAAUGGCUGGGAAGGACCAGAGGCUCCUAUGGCUACAUUAAAACGACCAUGGUGGAAAUUGACUACGAUUCCUUAAGAAGAAAGCCACGGCCCUUCAUCAGCGUUCCGCUGAAGCAGCCAGACAGUGACCAAGAAGUGUAUGACGAUGUUGGAGACCAGGACAGCAUGAGCAGUGGAGGUCAAAGUGCCACAGGAGUAGGAUUCCCACCUCCUCCUCCAGCUGAUGACAUUUAUGAUGGAGUUGAGGAUGAUGACGAUAUUCCAACAAGGUCUAUGUCGCAGGGUGAAGAUAGGACUGACUCCUGGCCCCGAGGGCUUUUGAAGAUUUUAAAGGGAAAAGAUUACCAAAAGAAAAGUGUACGAGAGACAACUAAAGACAAUGUGACAGAAGAUAAUGGAGGUUCCCCAACUUCUUCCACAAGGCAAACAGGGAAGGAUUCUGGAGACAGUGAUGUCUACGAUGAUGUGGAAACAACUGACUUCCCUCCACCACCAAAAGAACUUAGUUCAAGAACAAAGUCCCUGAGCUUUGUGAAAGCCAAAUCUGAUGACCGUGAUUCACAGAAACUUAAGAAGUUGGAAAAAGAAGAGAGAGAUUUCCGGAAAAAGUUUAAAUAUGAAGGCGAUAUUCGAGUUCUGUUUACUACAACCAUAGCUCGAGCGCCAUCUCCAAAGAAAAGAGGCGCCAAAGACUUGCAAGUGAAGCCAGGAGAAUCUGUUGAGGUUAUUAAAAAUGUGGAUGAUACUAAAGUCUUGUGUAGAAAUGAAGAAGGAAAAUAUGGCUAUGUUCGAAGAAGUUGCAUAGUUGACGAAGAUGAUGAAAUCUAUGAUGAUAUUGCUGAUGGCUGCAUAUAUGACGAUUAGCUCCAGACCUCUUCUCAGCGUGAGCUUCUGGAUCUCCAACUGGUUGAUAUAAGCAUGAAAUGUAUUACUUGUACUGGUUGCUGUACAGGCACAAAAAUAUUUGGUUAAGCUAUUCCACCAGUUCCUGGACUAUGAAGUAGAUCUCACAAUAGAAGCUGCUGCUGGGAAACUCCAACUUUAUUUGACUGGCACCACUUCCUCCUCGGUAUGAUGCAGAAGACUGUUAAAUCAUUGGAGCAAACAUCCACUUCUAUUUUUGCCACUUUUUUGUUUUGUUCCACAAAAGCAUACUCUCUUUAAUAUUUCAAAGAUGAAAUCAGGGACACUCUGGUGUACUUGUAACACCCCUGUUCCCAUGCCAAGGAUCGCUACCUGAAGUGCCCAGGGCCCAUUACAGAUUUUCUUUCCCUGUGGUACAUUGUGUUCAUUUACUCUUCAGUUAGUUCUGCACUCGUUUCACAGCAUCAUCAGAUGAGCAUUUUGUGGCACACAUGCGACCGGCCACUCGCUGAUCUUCGCGGGACAUUUUGACGAUGCUGCAAUCCUCCCAUGCGUUUCCCGCUCCUUCUGUCGUUUUUCUCGCUUCAAAAUACCACCUGAAAAAGCCGAUUCUUCUGGCUUUAAUGCUAAUUGGCACUAUUUCCUGCUGUGUGCAGGAGGUGUUGUGGCAUAAAAACACCCCCUGAAUGCUUGCUUCCUCUUCCUUCCCCAUGUGAAGAAAGAGGAAGCUGUUCAUCCCUAUUAUGGGACAGAAGCAGGAGGCAAAGUAAUGGUAGGAAAAUGUGAUUUCUGCCCCCACCCCCGAUGAUGACGUCAGAAUGAAGAAGGUGCAUCAGCAAACUGACCACAACAGAUUUAUUUGUAAAAAGAAUGUUAACGAUGUGUCAUCUCACGAAGGGUCUGGUGGUAUGUAUCACCCAACAGCGUCAGUUCAAAAACACAUUCAACACAUUCCCACCUUGGGAAUGUUUUAUACAAAGGCAGAUUAAUGCUUUUUUACACUAAGAAAAAUAAAUCAACUUUUACUAGAGAGGUCAUGGGCCUGGCUUUGUGGAAUGAAGCAACCUGUUCGCAUUUUCCUUCCGCGUGCAUUUUGCAUGCAGGCGCAUUAGAUGCAUGCAUGUUAAUAUUUAUGUUGCACACACACAAACCAGUUUGCCUGCUCAGUCCUCAGAAAUUUAAUGUUUAGAGAUAGGGAUUGAAACUUGAAGAAUUCUACAGCACGUGAGUUUAAACUAAUAACAAUUUUAAAAGGCAUCCCCAGUACAUCUCCCCAAACAGGAAAAUGGAGACAAAGGGAAGACAGAUAGCAGAGAACAGGGACUGGACCUGAUAACAGAUAAAGUGGCAAUUUAUCCCCGCAUAGCUCCACUCCCUCUUUUCCUUUGAUUUGCCUCUCUUUCCUAGGUAAGAAAAAUAGUGAACACUUUUAGGAGAUCCAUUAGCUUUUUUAAAACUUCAGAUCCACUUGGGGGAGAAUUGUAACAAUUUUGCCUUAGUCUACUGCAGCAAAAACAAUGAAGAGUCUUAUGGCCCCGUAAAGACUAAGUGUGUCAUCAGAAGAGCUUUUCAUCACAUGCUCAUUACUGCCUAUUCACGGUUUUUACGCAUCCUUUUCAUGACGUCUGUCUCCCGCUCCUGGUCUUUUCCCCGCAACAAAAUAGACCCUGGUAAAUCCAAUGUAAUUUUUUAAAAGCGAAACUUUUAAAAAGUUUGCAUGUAUAGUUCCUCUCCAUAGGAAUACACAUAUGGAAGCCUCUAGCUGGGUUGUGCUACCCUCACAAAUAAUAAUAAUAAUAAUAAUAAUAAUAAUAAUAAUAAUAAUAAUUUUAAAAAAUUAGUUCUUACCUGGCUCUCCAUUUUGAUCGAAGCGAGGAACAACAGUAAGUAUAAAAUACAUAAAAUACUGAUUAAAAACAUAGUAUACAUUAUUAAAACAUCUUUUUAAAAAAUCCUAAAAGCAUCCUAAAAUUCCACUGGAUAGGCCUGCCAGAAGAGAUCAGUCUUUAUAGCUUUCUUAAAUGCUAAAAGACUGUUAAGUUGACGAAUCUCCUCCAGCAGGCCAUUCCACAGUCUGGGAGCAGCAGAAGCGAAGGUCCUCUGGGUAAUACCUGUCAGCCCAGUUUUGGUUGGCUGAAGGAAAUUCUUCCCAGAGGAUCUGAGUGUGUAGGGUGGAUUGUAUGGAAGAAGGAGAUCCCACAGGUAGCCUGGACCCAAACCAUAUAGGGCUUUAAAGGUGAUAACCAACACUUUAUACUUCACCCGGAAAGUAAUUGGCAGCCAGUGAAGAGAUUUUAAAACUGGUGUAAUGUGGUCCUCCCUAGGUGUACCAUUGACCAGCCUGGGAUAGUUUUGGUAAAGAUGUAGUAGCCAUUGCUUGUGUUUUUAAUUGAACAAUAAUGAAUGUAAUUUAAGUAUUUGUUUUUCUAAUUAUGUUUUCUUUUGUGCUGCAUACUGAGAUUCUAGCAUGGAACUGUUGACUUAACAUAGCAACAUGCUGUUAUAAUUAUCUAAGAAACCUGUGUGUGUUUUUGGUGUGUGUGUGUUAUUAAUUGUAUGCUAUUCUGUAGAUUUUUGUUCUUUUUAUGAUUUGGAAAACAUUAAAGCAUUUCUGGGUUUUCUAAA